AUGGAAGAGCAGCUUAUAUCGAAGGCCGUUCGUGAAGGCGUACCAUGGGACCAGCUGCCGAAACGAGCGAAGCUCUUUCUAGGCUCAAACGAAGAAUACAUUAGGCGCAUUAAGGAGCACUGCUUCCAGCUGCGGCUGCGCUGGCCCGACAGUCCCGCGCGCCUGGUGUGUCGCGAGGUGGACUAUUACAACGAGCUCAUCGCGCAUGGCCGCAAGACCCAAGCCCCGUUCCCGUACCACCUAGCGGACUACAUCUGCCGUGUGCUGCGCAUCUCCCCGUUCCGCUACUACAGCGACCUACUACUGGACGUCAUGAAGCAAGAGAAGUCGUAUGACACGAUUCCCAACUUCACAGCAGCGGACGCGCUGAGGGAGACUGGCAUCGGGCGCAACCAGUUCAUUGACAUCAUGAACCGCGCCCGCGCCAAGCUGAUGUGGAGGGUGAACCGGGGAAUAGUGAAGGACAUGCUGCCACUGGAGCCAGUGCCCUUCCCCAUCCAGCCCUGGUGGCUCGUCUGCGUCGUCAACCUCACUGCUGACGAGUACAGAAGGCUGACAGAGGAAGAGCUGAGUGUGAUAGAGCGCGGCGGCCAUGAGGGCGACUGCAUGGCAGGCGAGUUUGACGAGGAGCUCGUGCGCUCGUUGUACUGCAAGGGACUCGUGUAUCUCGACGUCCCUGUCUACCCCAACGACCGCUUUCGGGUGUCAUCGCUGGAGGGCUUUGUGUCCAACAGGAACCAGCAGGGCGAAGACGCUUCUGAAAAGUACCACAUCCGCACAGUGGCUGAAACUUCUCUCCCCUCCUCCUCUGCAAUCUCCCAGGCUGCUCUACUCGCUGUUUGUGACAGCCAGCGAGCACGCCACAGUGCACUUGAUGGCGCUCACCCUUCAAGCCGAUGUGCGGCAAGCAUCCACUCACUCCCCCCCCCCCCUGCUCUCCUCCCCCCCAGGCUGAUCUACUCGCUGUUCGUCACAGCUAGCGAGCAGGCCACGAGAUGGCGCUCACUCUGCAUGAAGCCAUCCAAAAAAAGUCCCCCUGAGUCCUCUGCUACCUUCCCUUCCCCCUCCCCCAGGCUGCUCUACUCCCUGUUCGUCACAGCUAGCGAGCAGGCCACGGUACACGAGAUGGCAAACACGCUGCAAGCCGACGUGCGGCAGCUGGGCGCCGCUAUUUCCCUCGCGUGCCGCCUGGGGUGGGCCGAAAAGGUCCUGGACCUGCACUCGCUGCUCGACCACAUGGACAUGGGGGGGGACGGAGACACCGGCGACGGGGGCGUGGGCAGCGAGGGGUUUGGUGUGGGAGACGCAGGGGUGGGUGCGGGGAUGGGGGGAGGGGAAGGGGGGUUGGAGGGAGUGGGGGGUGGGCAGGUGGUGGGGUGGAAGAAGGUGGAAUCGGUGGGCUGGGGGGAGAGUGGAGGGGGUGCGGACCGGUUGAGGAUAGCGCUGAUGGUGGAUGCCAACCUCACGUCCUUCCUCAUGAUGGGCUCCUUCUCCUACGAGUUGAAGCAGCACGCAGUGACAUUAUUCGAAGCAGGAAAACUGUCCGAACGGAGCGUGGCAGAGCUGUGUGGGGAGCUACGAGCAGUGGAGAAGACCCAGCUGGAGGGCGAGCUGCAGAAGUUCACGGACCACGCCUUCAGCCUGCGCUACGCCCUCUCCUGCCUCCGCACUGGCACCAUCGACAUCACCUCCGCCCUCCACACCCCCCGCCCUGCCUCUGCCGCUGCUGCCGCUGCAGCAGCUACUGCACCAUCCCACCCUGCCUCUCGCUCUUCGCCACACAGUCAUCCCAGUGCUUCCAAGAGCCUACAGGGGCUAGCACCGGCCACGCUGCACCGUCUGCUGCGCCGGGACUUUGACCUCGUCGUCUCCAUCGUGCCCCUCCCCAAGCCCCUCAACGCCGUCGUUCCCGACGGCUCCGGCCCGGCCCACUUCGGCCCGCCCGCGCCCGCCUUCCUCUCCCCCUGGGCGAAGCUGUUUCUCUACGCUAAAACCGCCUCUGGGCCGGUUUCAGUGGUGCUCAUGAGAGGGCUGAGACUCAGGCUGCUGCCGCCGCCGCUGGUGACGUGUGACAAGGCGUUGGUGUGGACGUGGGAUGGGAUGGCGGUGGGGGGAGUGGGGGCGAAGAGUGAAGGGUCGCUGGUGCCUGGGACCGUGCUGCUGCACGUGGUUAACAGCUUGCUGAGGCAUUCUGCUGUGAUGGUACAGCCUCUGGCCGGCCCGCCUGCUCCUGCUCCUGGAUUCUCCAGAACUGGUGAGGCUCGAGCAGCUGAUGGGGCAUUGUCGCAGGCGCAGAAGCAGCAGGGCGGGGGGAGAUCAUUAGGAAGGGCGAGGCUGGGGGGUACUGAAACUGCUGAGGAAGCGGUGGGUGGUGCAGCAGGAGGCGACGAGGGACGCAGGAGUGAGGGAGUUGAGGGUGAGGGGGUGAGUGAUAGCACUGGUGGUGAUGGUGGUGAUGACGCAGGGGCAGUGGAACAGGGAGCGGGGCAGCAGUGGGAGGAGGAGUCGCCUGUGGUGGCAGCAGCGAGGCGAGCAGCAGAAGUUUUGGCUGUGGAUGCUGUGGGGUUCGUGCGGGUUAUCCGAACAGAGGCCGGGGAGGAGGACGACGAAGACGAGGAGGAUGCACAAGGGGGUGGUGCUGCCGGCGCUGGCACUGCCACUGGGGAAGGGAGGUUGAGAAUAGACGUUAGUGGAGGAGAGGCGGGAGCAGGAGGGACGAGGGGAAGCCCAGGGAAGAAGAAGCAGCAGCGGCGGGGCGAGUGGGUGGCACACAGUGUGGAGUUUGGCAUUCCGCUGUUUCACACGCACCUGUGCUGCCAGGUCUGCGACGCCGUGGUCUCUCACAGCAUGCUCACCCCUCCCCAGCUCGCCUCGCAGCGCCGCUCCACCCUCUCCCUCCGCUCCGCCCUGCGAGAAUUCAUUUCUGACUACCGCCAGCACGGCCCCGUCUCCCGGGCGGUCUACACCGGGAAUGUGGCUCUCCUGCGGUCCACCUCCCGCCGCUGGUCUGCUUCGUUUGCUGCCUCCACUGCUGCUGCGUCUCCCUUUUCUGUGCUGCUGCCGAGGCGGACUGUCAGGCAUGUGCCGCCGUCGCCGUCGGGGAGGGGAGCAGGCGAGAGGGCCCCCAGCUUCGCGGCCACACAGGAUGAUCCGCAGGACCCCUAUGCGCAAUCAAAUCGUGAUCCAAGCUUCACGUCAGAGGAGGAAGAGGACGACCUCAGCCGCCCGGCAUACCCCGGAGUGAAUAUGAUAUUCGACGGUCACCUGCUGCUGCCCAUCGACCUCUCGACCUAUCUGCACGGGCGACAAGCAUCGGUUCUUGUGGCCCGUGCAACAUCGAUGUCUCAGCAGUCCAUCAUGUGGUGA